GUUCAAGCCUCCGUCAUGGAAGAGUGCUACCGCCGGUAUCUGCCCGAUGGGAUCGGCGCGCGGCAGAGAUGGCACCGCCCGUUUGAGGAGCUGCCCCUCCUCGAGUUCACGGCGCCGGCCGCCGCCGGGCAGCAGGAGCCGUGUCCUGGGCACACCGUCUCGACAGACCUGGCUUUCUGGAGGUUCGUGUGCGGUGUCUUCCAGCGCUGCAAGGCGGACCUGGGGAAGGUGCUGGAGCUGCGCGCGGCGGACCGCAACGUGCUCGACCUGGCAAAUACGAGCAGCGGCCUGCGACAGCAGGACGUUUUGACCCUGGCCGACCCCUCGGGCCGCCGCCUGUUCUCGGGGCGGGCAGCAGCAGACUGCCUGGGCAAGCCGACGAGCUAUCGAUCGCCGGAGUCGUGCGAGGACAGCUUCGUCACUCUCUUCGAGCCGUGUGUCUCCGUGGCGCAGGCCGAGCAGGUCUUCGAUCUGGGGAGGGGCAGUGGCACGUCCGCUCCGCUCUACUGGGGGGUCGACUUCGAGGACAGCGCGGUGGCCUGCCCGCGGGAGCUGGACAAGAGCCUGGACGCGUACUUUUCGGCGCACAGGAGCCGCUUCUCCGCGGCCUCCACGCAGCCAGUCGCGCGCCUGCCCGGGCUGGAGCUGCCCCACCACAGCUGCAGAGUCGACGGCGUCCGGCUUCCGCUCCACGUGUACGUGCUGUGCAGGCUGGCCUGGUUCCACUCCCAGCAGGCGGCGGGAGCCCAGGAAGAGGUGCCUGCGCGCAAGCUUGCCCGACCCAGGCGGCUGCCCCUCUAC